UAAUGUCGGUUUUUAUUGAAAAUUGAUGGGAAUAUAUAACUAUUAAAGAUGUAAAAGGGAUCAAAGUCCAAUUCUUUAAGCAUGUGAUCAAUUUACAAAAUGAUGUAAUCACGUGAAAAAAAUGUGACCACAAAAACAUUACUGUCUCAAAAAGUUUUUUCCCCAUGAUUAAGAACAAUAGUUUCCAUGGACACAUGGCCUCUGAUUCACGUCCGAAACUCGUUCUCGUUUAAAAACUCAAGAAGGUGGAAGGUGGGAGAAUUAAAUUUUGAUCGUUACUUAGAAGUGCUCCGGAUCGAAAUCGUUUAAGAAAGCUUUUGUGGAUUAAUAUGGCUGCUCCGACCUUAAAGACACUUUGCAAUACACUGAAACAUGUCGAUAAAACUUGCUGUCAUGGACUUUUACGGGCCGCCGGAGGGCACAGCAGCGUUCGUGCCAGACCGCUAGGUUUAUCGGACUGGCCUAAAGGUACAUUGAGAACUGUCUCGACGUCAGAUUCAUCAAAACAAAGGUCAUUCUACAAUAAACAUAAUCUCAAUCUUCUUCAAAGAUUCACUGCUAUGGAAUCUAAAGUCCAGGAGUUAAAGGGGCGUGAAUUUAUGAAUUUAUCAGGACUCUCUAACUCCCCACCAACUUUAACCCCGGCCGUGGAUUCAAGCGCGACAUUUUAUUUCGACACGCACAAACUUGUGACUACCUUACAAAGUCACGGAUUCAGUUUAGAUCAAGCAGAAACUAUAACAGAUUGUCUGACAGAGAUUCUUACAAGUGGAGCUUCUGGGAUGUCAAGAUACAUGGUUUCUAGAAACGAGCUUGCCCAACUUGAAAUAAGAAUGAGUGCAACAGUUGAAGCAUUGAGAAAAGAUAUGGUGAUUUUGGAAAAGAGUGAGUUCCUUAUGUUGAAACAAGAGAAUGAAAACAUGAAAGCUGAAUUAACCCAGUUAAGCAGAUUACUUAAAGAUGAGCUGUUGAAACUACGAUCCGGGUUGACCUUGGAUUUGAGCUUAGAGAAAGGAAGAGCGAGAGAGGAAUCGUCCUUUCAUGAACAGAAAAUAAAGGAUACUAAUAACAGGAUAGAAACUGAAAUUGCCAAAGUAAGGAUGGAAAUGGAAGCACAAAAGCUUGAUUUGAUUAAAUAUCUUGUAGGAAGUUUUCUUUCAAUUGUAACUGUAAUGAUAGGUUGGUGGAGGUUUGUAAAGGGUUAAUUCAUAAAUUAUUUGUACCAUAAAGCAGGGUGACUUUGGUCCACUUUGGUGAACUUUCUGUUAAUAUACAAUUAUUUAAGCCCUAAAACAGGCUUUUUGGGAAAAGUGUGCAGUCACAAAGUGGCAUGCCCUGACUCUUACCAGCUUUCAAAGCAUUGUCACGCAUGUAAAAUAAAGUGAUGGUUCACAGUCUUUAACUUUAAAUAGUACCCCGUGUUCCCUUCUCUCAAGGGGAUGAAGCAAGGGGCAGUCACAGAUGACAAAGAAAACAAGGACCUUGGCAUCUUCAACUGAAUGCUCAUGUUUUAGCAGUUCUCAAUUUUACUCUGUCCAAGACAAUUCUGUUUGCCUCUACUAUAAUCAAACUGCAGCUUUCUUUGAUGUUUCCUCACUGUGCUCUAUUAUAAUUCUAGUUCGCAAAGGAACAAUUUAUGCUAACACCUUGCCCAAGUGUGCUCUCCACAGAUAUGGCAAGCCUUUUUCUUAUACCAACCACCAUUGGAUCAUUAUUUGUCAACCUUAACCACUAUCCGCACAGGCCAAAAUAUUACACCCCUUCAUUUGUUUUCAUAAGGAACUUUUUAUGAUCAGCUUGUUUAGGUUUUCUUACAAGCGUCAAUCCUCGUAGUUGAUGUUUUUGGCCCUUCUAAAGAAGUAGCAUAUCUUCAAAUGUGGAUAUUAAGGUGUCCAGUUUCUUUGCAGAAUUCAAAGGACACAUUCCACCACAUGCCUAGAUUGAUUCAUGUGUUAUGACCUGGCAGAAACGAACAACAGAAAUAGAUGUGUCUUUAGUGCAAAUAUCAAUUCUCUAAUCACUGAGCAAUCACUCUUUUCCCAUUUAUUGGUUAACAUGCAUGACAUGUCAUCACAUGAAGAGUGCAAGAAAGACGUCAUUAAUUAGCAUUGCCUAAUGCCACCAUUAGAAAAGCCAUGAUUCUACGGAUGUGCCUUCGAACAUGACAUCACAUGCACACUGUCAGUUCUCUACGUUACACGUGUGUGUUAUGCAUUGCACAUUUUUCCCAUGAAAGCCUGUAGAAAUGUCUGAUAUUGAUCCUGUAUGAUUGCUUUACAGGCCCAAGCAAUGGUUUUGUUACCCUGUGAGUUUUUAACAAAUUGUUUUAAUAUUGAGAAGGUUGUCAAAGUCGCCACGAUUUAAAGUCACCCUGAAAUUCACAGUAAACCUUGUUAAUUGUAGAUAGUUAAAUACAUUACCUCAAAAAACCUCUUGAUGUGGGGGCAAAUGCUGGUAGACAAAACCUGAGGGGGGCAAGGAUUUGUAAAUCAAAAGAUUUGCUAAUUUCAUCGUUGUUUGAAGAUAGAGCAACUCUUUCAUUUUCACAGCUAAUUAUCAAUUUGACAGUGAAAAUGACUAGGUCAUUCAACUUACUCAGGAGGUCUUUUGGGUUAAUUUUUGAUAACAAAAUGCAUUUAGAUUUUUAGAUUUAUCAUUUUUAAUGAGUUUUUCAUGUUUAUAUUUUAUUGGGUGAAUUUGCAAACACAUGGGUUUGACAUUGCCAUGGCAACCUUGUAUGACAUUGCCACGACAAUCUGGUUGGUUUGAUUAAAGUAGGAACCCUCUUGAGUAUUGAUUUAUUAAUUAAUUAAUGGAAGUAUCUUUGCUUUGCAAUUAAAGAAAGAUAGAGAUGUCAAAUUUUUGCUGUGUGGGGUUGUUUCCCCCCCCCCAAUUAAUAUAUCAAGCCUAGAAAUAAAUAAAAUUAUUCCAAUUUACAUUUCAGCACCCUCCCUUCUUUCUAAACCCUGAAAAGUUCUCAUAUAGAAAAAAUAAACCCUGGUAGAAUUUUACAAUUUUCUUUCAAGCAUUCAUUCAGGCUUGGAUAUAUCCUCUUCUUCAGGUAAUUAGCAAUAGAAAUUAGAAAACUACCCCCCCCCCUCCAAUUUUCAAAUCCUAACAACCCCCAUGGCUUGCACUAUCUGUAAAUAUUAUACUUUAAUUGUUGAGGAAAUUUUGAAUGAGUUCCCAACACAAAUGCAAUGCAGUCAGUGUAUACAUUUUCCUUAAAAUACAACAUCAGUAUAAAUGCAAUUGUAUAUACAAAUUGUUACAUUUUGGAAUGUGUAUUUAUUUUUUAAUCUAGAUCAUUGUAUUUGAAAUAUUAUAUUGUUAAUACAAUGUUAGUUAUUAAA